AUGUCGUUUCCAGAAUCCGAAAAAUACUCCCACUCGAAGCAAGCAAAACGUUUCACCAUGAUCCCAGACACCUCCAGCGACUCAUUGUACUUAGACUCCCAUGUUGCACGCGAACAACGCAGACAGGCCAAAGAAGAGAUGGGGGCAAGAUUGCCUGAAUCCGAAGAGAUCUCCGACUCAAAACAAGUGAAAAGCUUCACCACGGUUCCCGACACCUCCAGCGAUGCAUUGUACUUGGAUUCCAAUGUUGCAAUCGGACAACAGAAACAGUCCGAGGUUGAGAUGAAGGCGAAUGACGCUGUAUUCCAACAAGCCGAGGGACAAGAAGGGGAAGAUGUAUUGGCAGGCAUGAAACACCAGUUAGACUCAAUGGCUCCUGGUGGCUCGAUUUCAGAGUUUGGGAAUUCCAUUGGCUCCGUCGCCCAAGAGAAGAUCGUCGCCGCGAAGGAUACGCUAAUGGAGGGUGCGUUGCCUGCUGCACAAGGAGCGUUACGUACCGUUCAGGGUCACAUUCGCUCUAUUUCAGGUGGGUCCAAUCAAGUCGAGGAGACGGUACCUCAAGGUAUGUUCAUCUUUCCAUGA